AUGUUGAGUGAGGGCAAAAACGCGUUUCGGGGCCCUGUAUCCGGGUCCCUCGAAGCCCCGGAGGUGACGUCACGGCGGGCGGAAGCUCGAGUUUCUUGCGCGGAAAAAAAAAAAAUGGCUGCGGCCAGCUUAGGGAGACUUUGCAGGAAGGUCUCUACUGCGCUGAAGGCUUCCAGGUCAUUCAUCAGUGCUCAGAGCCCCGCGGGCACGGGUUUUAGGUUUUGUCUUAGCCUCUUGACAAAGAAUCCAAGUGCCGCAUCUUUUCACCAGUGUCGAUUGCUUCAUACCACAUUGCCCAGGAAAGGACUGGAGGAAUUUUUUGAUGAUCCAAAGAAUUGGGGGGAAGAAAAAGUGAAAUCUGGUGCUGCUUGGACCUGCCAGCAGUUACGGAACAAAAGUAAUGAAGAUUUACAUAAGCUUUGGUACGUCCUGCUGAAGGAGAGGAACAUGCUCCUGACGCUGGAGCAGGAGGCCAAGCGGCAGAGGGUGCCCAUGCCCAGUCCGGAGCGGCUCGACAAGGUCAUAGAAUCCAUGGAAGCAUUAGAUAAAGUUGUCAAGGAAAGAGAAGAUGCCAUAAGACUUCUUCAGACAGGUCAAGAACAUGCUAGACCCGGUGCUUGGAGGAGAGACAUCUUUGGAAGAGUUAUCUGGCACAAGUUUAAGCAGUGGCCUAUACCUUGGUACCUAAAUAAAAAAUAUAAAAGGAAACGAUUCUUUUCAUUGCCUUACGUGGAUCGUUUUCUCAGACUGAAACUUGAGAAACAAAUGCGCACCAGAGCAAGGAAGACAAGUUUAGAGAAAAAGAAUCAAAAAUUUCUUCAGGAAAAGUUUCCUCUCUCUGGAGCCCAGAAGUCAAGUGCAGCCUAAGACGUCUGGACUCUUACUGCUUUGUUUUUCUUGGACAAUAGUUGAUGUACAAAAGCAAGUAUGUUUAGAAGCUUAUAAAGAAACUUUUUAGUUAAAUGAGAAAUUGUCAAUUCUUUUGAGCAUCGAUAUGGCAUGUUAACUCUAUAAGUGGUUGUUACUUUUACCAGACUUGGGGGAAAAAAAAAAUCACAUAAAAAAUCAGGAGCCAGAGCAACAGUACACCAAGGGGGAGAGGGGGGCAUUUGCCUUGCGCGCAGCCAAUAUGGGUUCGAUACCUGGCAGCCCGUAUGUCCCCCAUGUACCACUAGGAAUAAUUCCUCAGUGCAGAGCCAGGCGUGACCCCUGAGCACCACCGGAUGUGGUCCAAAAAGAAAAAAAAAUUCAGACUAAAUUGACCAUUUUCUGAAUACUGAUAACUGAGGAGGCUUCACUAUCACCUUUAUCUUAGAGUGGUAAAAUGAUGUCACUCCUAACAUAGACAGGUUUUGGGAUUCAGGUGGCAGUUUUACUACCAUUGUUAAUGAAAUAGAAAAAUAUGGAAACUAUUCCUAACAUAAAUGUUUGCGCUCAAAACAAUGAGAAAUAUAGGGUUUAAAGAAACAAGUUGUGGGUCCAGAGAGGUAGCUCAGUACGCACUGAGCCCGAAAGCACACAGGCACCCACGAGCAAUGCCAGAAACAAGUCUGAACGCAGAUGUGGAGACGCCCUGAGAACUGGGUGAGGCUCAAUGUUUUUGAUGACUUCAAGAACAUUCAAAUAACACAUAAUAGACCAAAAUAUAUUUCUGGAAUGGCUAGUAAUUUUUAUUUAAUUUUGCAAGCCUGAGGUAAAAAGCAUAGGCAAUAAGUUUUACUAGUUAAUAAAAAGCAAUUCUACCAAUCCACUGUUAAUUAAUAUACUAAACCAAGUUGAAAAGCAUUUUACUGAAAGUAAAAUAUUUAGAGAAAAUAGACAUUUAUACAAAAUUAUAAAAUGCUUGUAAUAAGUGCAUUCCAAAGAAAGCACAAACUGAUUUUUAAUUUAUAGAGCUAGGUAAAGCCUUAAAAAUUUUUAAGUGGUAAUUGAAAUAUGCAAAAAUGUAUAAACAUUCUACAAAAGAUGGUCUUUUUUUUCCUGAGUAUACUAAAGCUAUGAAACGUAAGGUGACACAGGAAGGGAGAGAUUUGGGAUCCUCAAGGGCAUUUUCUCUCGACACACUGCUUCCCUCCUUCUUCAUAUUCUUGUUUGGAAAUCCACAUCUGCUGAAAGGUACCC